CUCAUGGCUACACUGCUGCUCCUGCUGAUAGUCGGCGUCGUCUGCGUCGGCUCCGACAACGUCGAUCUGCCAAUGUUCGGGGCUCCUAUAAACAACAUUACGAUUCCUGUUGGGAGAGAAGCAUAUCUUGUUUGCACAGUCGAUAACCUAGGUUCAUAUAAGGUUGCGUGGUUGAGGAUAGAAACACAAACCAUCCUCACUAUCCACAGCCACGUGAUCACCAAGAACCGGAGGAUAGGAGUGACUCACAGUGACCCCCGGACAUGGAACCUUCACAUCCGCGACGUACAGGAGUCAGACAGAGGAUGGUACAUGUGCCAGAUCAACACGGACCCAAUGAAGAGCCAAGCAGGCUUCCUCAAUGUUGUCGUUCCGCCAGAUAUCCUGGACCAUCCCACCAGUACAGACAUGGUAGUCAGGGAAGGAAGUAGUGUUGCUCUCACUUGCGCCGCAUCAGGGUCUCCAAACCCAUCCAUCGUCUGGAGAAGAGAGGCUGGGGAACCCAUUGUGCUGAAUGAUGGAUCUCAAGCAAUGACGUACGAAGGUCCAAUCCUUAACAUAACCAGAGUCAACAGACUACACAUGGGCGCCUACCUCUGUAUCGCAUCCAACGGAGUCCCUCCUUCAGUCAGCAAGAGGAUCGUCCUCAUAGUGCACUUUCCUCCCAUGAUAUCCGUGCCAAAUCAGCUGGUAGGAGCGAGGGAAGGGCAACAACUCACGCUGGAGUGCCAUUCUGAAGCUUAUCCAAAGUCCAUCAACUACUGGACUAGGGACAAGGGCCAGAUGAUAUUCCACGGAGCCAAUUUCGAGCCCGAGAUGCUUGACAAAGCGUACAGAGUGAUUAUGAAGCUGAACAUUAGAGCCAUCCACCCGUCCGACUUUGGUGUCUACAUGUGUGUUGCUAAGAACGCACUUGGGGUCACCGAUGGUUCAAUCAAAGUCUACAAAAUAACAGACGACAACAGUAUACGAAUAGAUGAUGAUUUUCUUGAAGAAACUGAAGACGAUAACAUGGUUGGUUCUAGGAAGAACUUAAAUCGUGAAAGUGAUAAGGACGUUUCAAACUCUUCGAGUGGAUCCCGAGUAAUAUACAACAUCUUAUUAAUAUUUGUGCAAUAUUGUAUUAGUAAAUAUAUGUCUCGUUUAAGUUCAAAAUGUUUGAUUUAGGAUCAUGUACUACGUCCAUAAGAUUGGAAAACACUGCUAUUUGAGACCGUUUACAUAUUUAUAAUAAUUAACAUAAAACUAUGAUAAGGAAUUAUAUUUCGAUACAAUUCCUUGAGUUUUUAUAAAUCAAAGACAAAUAAAAAAAAUCGCAACAAUAUUUGCCAGUAAAAUAAUUUUUAUUUUAGUGGUUUUAAACGAACUACUAAUAAGUUCUUGCAAAAGAAAAGCACUUUAAACAACUCGCUUUUUACUUUAGCUUAAAGUUGAUAGUCGCAAUAUUGAAUUACAUAUUAUUAACUAAAGUGAGACUUUUGAACAAAUAAU